GCGGAACCUUCUCGAUCAGAAAUAACAGAAAUAAGUUCUACAUUACCUGAGGAUAUAUUACCUCCACUAUUGACAGAACGUGCAAGAUCAACUCUUCACAUCGAAUGCUGUUUAAAGACUCACAGUACAGUAAGAUACGACGUAAUACGUGGACAAGUCGAGAAAUUCUUGCGUGAAUUCAAAACUUCAUUGCUAUGUCAUUCUGAAAUAACAGAUUUUCAGGAUGUAGCUUUACUUAAAGAAAAUGUAGAAUAUAUGAUCGUUGCCGAAGCCGGAAGCGACACGUCUGAUAUUCAAAUUCUAGAAAACGUGGACUUAGAUAUUCACGUGUAUCAACUUAAUGAAGAUGAUGUAGUAGAAGAAUAUCAGGAAGAGGAAAAUGUUCUAACAGCCAACUAUUGGGAUUUACCGGCACGAGCUCUCGACGGCUUAUGGGAUAAUCUCAUAUUUGACGAAAAUAUUAAAACUCGAUUACUUGAUUAUGUUUACACGACAAUUUUAUUCGCUGAUCGAAAUGUGAACUCAAAUAUUAUCUCAUGGAACAGAAUUAUUCUGUUGCAUGGUCCACCAGGAACAGGAAAAACAACUCUUUGUCGAGCUUUUGCGCAAAAGUUAUCUAUUCGAUUAGCGGAAAGAUAUUCUCACGGAAAGUUAUUUGAGAUAAAUAGUCAUAGCUUGUUUUCUAAAUGGUUUUCCGAAUCUGGAAAAUUGGUUCAAAAAUUGUUCCAACAAAUUUAUGAUUUGAUAGAUGAUGAUGAUGCAUUUGUCUGUAUUUUAAUAGAUGAAGUGGAAAGUUUGGCAGCUACCAGAAGAUCUGCGUUAUCUGGAGCGGAACCAUUAGACGCUGUUAGGGUGGUCAAUGCCUUACUGACACAAAUAGAUAAAUUGAAACAAGAAAAGAACGUUCUAAUACUGACUACCUCAAAUAUCACAGAAGCAAUAGACAUUGCCUUCAUUGAUCGAGCCGAUAUCAAGCAAUAUAUCGGUUUACCAUCACAACAAGCCAUUUAUGCCAUACUAUCAAGCUGCAUAAGAGAGUUAAUGAGAGUUAGAAUAAUUGCUGAGGAGGAAUUCUUGCUUGAUUGGCGUGCUGUGGAAUUAUACCAACAUACAAAUAGCAUUGAUAACCCAAGCAUUAGACUUUAUUCUAUUUGUGGAAAAUCAUACGCCCACUUUUUAAAAUCAUGGGCUACGACAACAUUAAAGGAUUUCUUGAAGGCUUUAGAACAUGUAGUUGAUAAUGAAACUAUUGGAAGAAAAUUAACGUUGGAAAAUCAAGGCGAAGGUGAAGCAUGUAAAAUGUUGAUUAAUGAACGGAAUUAA